AUGGCUGGAUUCCAGAUUCCCGAGAAACGCGAACAGCUCAUUGUCAUGGCGAAGCUCGCCGAGCAGUGCGAGCGCUACGAUGAGAUCCUCGUCUGCAUGAAGCGCGUGGUGAAGUUGAGCCCGACCCUCUCGUCGGAGGAGCGCAACCUCCUCUCUGUGGCGUACAAGAACGUCAUUGGAGCACGCCGCGCGUGCUGGCGCAGCAUCACCGCGCUCGAGCAGAAGGAGGACCUCAAGAAGGAGAAGAACGUUACCCUCAUCAAGGGCUUCAAGAAGCAGAUCGAGAAGGAGCUGAGCGACAUCUGCUCCGACAUCCUGGAGCUUAUCGAGAAGUUCCUCCUCCCCAACGCGGACACCGACGAGACGCGGGUGUACUACCUUAAGAUGAAGGGCGAUUACCACCGCUACUACGCCGAGAUCGAGACGAAUACAGAGGAUCAGAAAAACAAGGCGCUGGAGGCCUAUACGCAGGCGCUGCAGUACAACUCCUCGCUGAAGCCGACGAGCCCGAUCCGUCUUGGGCUCGCGCUGAACUUCUCCGUCUUCUACUACGAGAUCCUCAAGAGCCCGGAUCGCGGCUGCCAGCUCGCACGCCAAGCCUUCGAGGAGGCGCUCAGCGACCCCGACGUGCUCGACGAGGAGCAGCACAAGGAGGCCGCGCUCAUCAUGCAGCUGCUGCGUGACAACCUCGCGCUGUGGACGGAGGACGCCCACCCCGAGGGGCAGGACGACGGCACCGCGAUGGAGGAGCUGGAGUGA